AUGCCAUGCACUGGGUUGACUAUCCCAGGCGUCACCCAUCAAGUAAGCACGGACGCAUCUCCGAGUGUAGACAGUUCAGCUGGUGCCCAAGACUGUCAUUCUAUGCCGACUCCUGAGGCUGGCUUUCCCAGCGGGUCCUAUCAGCUCUUGCCUGGAUUCACCAUCACUGCCGAGAAGGCUGAGGAGUACCUUUCCAUCUACCGGACGCGUCUGGUUCCCAACUUUCCGUUUGUGCCCAUCGAGCCCGAGGUCACGGCGAGGGACCUCCAUAAUCAGAAGCGGUUCCUAUUCUGGUGUAUUAUGCAAGCCAUUGUACCUCAAACAGCCUCAGUACAAAAGGCAGUUGAUGACUGGGUCCGCAAACAUGCCGCUAUGCAUAUCAUAGUUCAUAAGGAGAAGAAGAUUGAGCUGCUUCAAGGCUUGAUUGUCUAUGUUGCCUGGGGUGAUGUCCACCUGCAGAUGGGUAUCAAUGCCAACACCCUUCUCCAACUGGCCAUCGGUCUGGUUAUGGACAUGACCAUGUACACUUUAGCAGGCCCCGUGAGUUGGAUGCCGAAAACCUUGUUGAAUGAUGCGUGGGCAGUCUUGGGACGGGGAGGAAAGCAAUUCGAAGCACCAAAGCCAACUCUCGAGGAGCAACGAGCGAUUCUAGGCGGCUACUUCAUUGCGUCAAGUGUUCCUGCCGCCAUAAGGAGACACUCGCAGAUACAGUACUCGCCCCAGAUCGCGAGAUGUUCCAAGGCCAUUCGAGAGGCAGACGCUUUACCGACAGAUCAGAAUCUCCUUGCCCUCGUGCGCAUGCAACAUCUAGGUGACCGGAUUCGUUCCAUCUUUCCGAGCCCAGACAGAGAGGAGGGGGAGCCUCUUCCCAUCUUCCGGGAACAUUUUAGUGCAGUGAUAGCAUCACUCCGCAAGGAGAUCUGCGCUCUUGAGUCAGAAGAGCCAGGUAUCAAGAAAGAGAAUCCAAUGAUCUGGGCACAUUAUGGCGCACUGAUGGUUAGGCUAUACGAGCCCAGCAUCGGCAUGCGAGGAGCCAGCCCCUCGGAGGCCAUGUCCGCCAUGGAACCGUUCAGCAGGACCGAGUCACUCUGGUUCUGCCUACAGGCAAUUCAGAUCGCCAUGGACGCGCUCCUCGCCAUCCCUGCCGAGGCCUUUGCGUAUCUACCCUUCAACACCGUCGCGGAUAUAGCACAUACAAUGAUGUCCUCGCACAGGUUGCUUCUUGAAGACUCGGCAAGCGACUGGGACGUGAUGCUGGCGCGCCAGAAGCUCGACCUCCCCGCCAUAGCGCGGCGGUUGGCUGAUCGAUUCGAGGAGGCGGAUAACGUGGCGCUGAUCGUUGGGCAAAAGAGGCGAAUAUUCGAGGAUGAUAGCUCGCGUUGGGCGAAUUAUGCCUACCGUGCGAGGUGGAUCCGUCAGUGGUACCUGAGUAAGGUUGUUGGGCAGCCGCCUCAGGAGCAGAUGGCGACGGAGCAUCAGCAGCGGCAGGAGCAGCAUCAGCAACAGCAGCAAGCGCAAAUGGUUCCUCCCGAGGGGAUGAUGACGGACCCAAACAUGUCUUGGCUCGGGGGCGUGGCGAUGGACCAGUCGUUUUGGGAGAUUAUGAUGCUGGACGGACCGGGGCAGGUACCCAUUGACGCGUCCAUGCUUUUGGCAGAUCAGUCCAUGUUGCCCGCCAUGCAGGCUUCAUAG